AUGCCCAGUAGCUCUGUGGCCGUCGACACCGAAUUGGAUACGGUACUGCUCAAACCCAUCGAUUCCUCCACUCGCGAGAUCAAGUCGCUUGACGGUCUCUGGCGCUUCGCCCCCGCGUCCGACAAUCUCGCGGAGCCCUGGAAGUCUGUCCUCCCCGGCGACCUCGAAUGCCCCGUUCCCGCUUCCUACAACGACAUCUUCCUCCUCCCUUCCCUUCGCAACCAUGUCGGCAAGGUCUGGUACCAGCGCACCGUCCACAUCCCGCGGGGCUGGAAAGACCAGCGGAUCUUCCUCCGUCUCGACGCGGCAACGCACGAGGGCGAGGUGUACGUAGGGGACAAGAAGAUCGCUAGUCAUGUCGGCGGGUACACGCCGUUCGAGGCGGAUCUGACGGAGCAUGUCAAGCCGGGAGAGGCGGUCCGGGUGACGGUCGGCGUGGACAAUAUCCUCACGCAUGAGACGGUGCCGCCUGGCGAGGUGGUGACCAACGCAGUGGGCAAGAAGGAGCAAAAGUACUUUCACGACUUCUUCAACUAUGCCGGUCUGGCGAGGAGCGUACGGCUCUGCUGCGCCCCCAAGAACCGGGUGGAGGAUAUCACGGUGACGACGGAUGUGCGGGGAUCGGCGGGGGCGGUGGAGUACAAGCUGGAGCUGGAGGGCAAGGGGCGAGCGGAAGCGGAGCUGUUGGACGCAGAGGAUAAGGUGGUGGGCAAGGCGUCGGGCCUGGAGGGGUUGAUCGACGUUGCCAACGCCAAGCUUUGGCAACCCGGAGCGGCGUACCUCUACUCCCUCCGUAUUCGGCUUUACGCCAGCGAUACCUCGGACGAGCUCGUCGACGAGUACUCUAUCCCCGUCGGUAUCCGUACCGUCAAGGUCUCGGGCAAGAAAUUCCUCAUCAACGACAAGCCCUUCUACUUCCGCGGGUUCGGCAAGCACGAGGACACCCCGGUCAAGGGGAAAGGCCACGAUGACGCGUGGAUGGUCCACGACUUUGAACUCAUGCGGUGGAUCGGCGCCAACUCGUUCCGGACCUCGCACUACCCCUACGCCGAGGACGUGAUGGACUAUGCGGACAAGCAUGGGUGGGUGGUGAUUGGGGAGACGGCGGCGGUCGGGUUGAACCUGGGUAUCAUCAGCGGUAUCACGGGCGGGCCGAAGCGCAAGACGUUCGCGCCCGACUUUGCCAAUGACAACACCCAGGCGGCGUUGAGGAAGGGGAUCGAGGAGUUGCUCCAGCGGGACAAGAACCAUCCCUCGGUCGUCAUGUGGUCCAUCACCAACGAGCCCGAUUCAUCGGAAGAGGGCUCUCGCCCAUUCUUUGAACCCCUCGUCAAGCGGGCGCGCGAGCUCGAUCCCACCCGUCCCCUCACCUACGCCAACGUCACCUUCUGCACCCUCGAAAAGGACAUCCUCGCCGACUUGUUUGACGUCAUCGGACUCAACAGGUACUACGGCUGGUACGAGUUUACGGGCAAUCUCGAGAUUGCAGAGCAAAAGCUCGAGGCGGAGCUGCUUGCGUGGGAGGCAAAGCACCAAAAGCCGAUGAUCAUGUUUGAGUAUGGGGUGGAUACGGUGACCGGCUUGCACUCGGUGCAUGCGCAGCCGUGGUCAGAGGAGUACCAGGUCGAGUACUAUGAGAUGUACCACCGCGUGUUUGAUAGGGUGGACGCGGUGAUUGGGGAGCAGGCGUGGAACUUUGCCGACUUUGGGACGGGGGUAGGGAUCUUUAGGGUCGACGGGAACAGGAAGGGGGUGUUUACCAGGGAUAGGCGGCCAAAGGCGGCGGCGCAUACGUUCAGGAAGAGGUGGACGGGCAAGUAG